AGAGAACAAGCGAAGAACGAAGCGGCUUGCUAUUGCCCCACGUCUCAUCAACAUAUCUCGUAGGAAGUCUCACACACAACCUCUACAUCUCCAGUGCCCUCCUCUAUCUCUUUCACACAGACACAGACAGACACGCACACGACCUGCGACAAUGAGCUCUACAGUCGACAAGUACACCUUCAAGGACGACUACGUUAGCCCGCGCGGCAUCCCCAAGGUCGCCUUCGUGGAGAACGUGGCCGAACUCGUCAAGUCCAGCGGCGACAGCGCGGAGACGCUGCUGAAGCGCUUCAGCGAACAGUACAGCAAGUACAAAUUGGCCGAGCACCGCCUCAUCCGCACCAUCGCGAACCUCGAGGCAAAGAUCCCUGACAUCAAGAAGACCCUGCAGACGCUGGCCUACUUGAAGAAGUCGCUCGUAGAGGAAGACGGUGGGGAGGGCUUCACCACCAACUACGGCCUGACGGAGAGCGUGUUCUGUCAGGCAAAGGUGGCGCCGCAGAGGACAGUGCACGUGUGGCUCGGGGCGAACGUGAUGGUGGAGUACUCCUUUGACGAGGCGACGCAGCUGCUGGAGAAAAACCUGAAGAGUGCGACGGAAAACCUGGCCGCUACGCAAGAGGAUCUCUCCUGGUUGCAGGAGCAGCAGACGAUUUUGGAGGUGAACACGUCGCGUCUGUACAACUACGAUGUGGUGGAGCGCCGCAAGAAGUCCGAGGCGGAGGGCACGCAGUAA